AACGCUAAACGGUGUCGUCCCGUGUAUAUGAGUAAAUCUGAUUUUUUUUGACGUGAUGCAUUGAAUUUAGAAAUAAAGUUUUAUAAAGUGUGACUUGGAAUUAUAAUUAAUUUUUAGGAAAAGAAAUAAAAUAUGUGCCAUGAAUUGCAUGAAAUAGAUGGUUAAGGCUCCAAGAGUUGCAUGCUCAUUAAUUUCACACACUGCCCACGCAACUUUUCACACACAUGAUGACAUAAUAAUACACCACAUCUCUCUCUCUCUCUCUUAUAUCCAACGCGACUCAUUCAAAUCUAGAUUUUGAAGAACCAGACAGAGGAGAUUAGCGCUGUUGUAAUUCAUCAUGGCGAAAACAGAUUGCAGUCUCCAACAACCUCAAUCCGCGAGGGACGAUGACAACAGGCCGAGGCUCAAGUACUUGGAUUUCGUGGUGGUCGCCACCCUUCACGCGCUGAUGCUCAUCGCCACCAUCUACGGUUUCGCCAAGGAGAGAUCAGGCCGCCUCAAGCCCGGAAUUAAAGUCGUUGAGGACUCUGUCAGGACCGUUAUCGGCCCGCUUUACGCUAAAUCGCAAGAUCUUCCCAUUCAUGUCCUCAAGUUUGCGGAUCGCAAGGUUGAUGAGUCUGUGCACAAGGUGCAGAAGUGCAUGCCCUCAUCUCUGAGGAGCGCAUCUUUCAAAGCCUACAACCAUGCUCGGAGAGCACCUGUUGCUGCUCGGUGUGUGAUGGCUGAUGUCCAGAAAAGUGGCAUGGUGGAGACGGCUUCUGGACUUGCAAAAUCAGUGUAUGCCAAGUACGAGCCAGUAGCCAAGGACUUCUACACCAAGUAUGAACCAAUGACCGAGGAGUAUGCACUCUAUGUUUGGCGUUUGCUGAAUCAGUACGCCCUCUUCCAACGAGCUGCUCUAGCUGCUGGUCCACUAGCCGGUUACUGCUCAGAGAUGUACAACCAGAGGGUUGAAGUUGCUGCCAAGAGUGGGUACAAGGUGGCAGCUCAUCUUCCAAUCAUACCUAUUGACAAGAUUGCAGAGGCUCUAAGAACUGAUAAUAUGACGCCUGUCGUCAUUGAUGGCGGCCGGGUAGAAGAAGAAAUAACGGCCUAGUAAUGAUUCUUUAGCAGGCGGGAACGACAGAGUUCUCUACUAGAAGUAGGUACGUGUUUUAAGCAGUUUUUUGGAACUAGUAUUUGGUUUUAGAAAGAAUUUUGAUAAUGCAUAUGGGACGUAUGGAUUAUGGUUUGAGACAGGGGUCAGAUUUACCAUUGCAUCAACUUGAUAAAUGUGGGUUGUUUUAUUCUUUCUAUCCAUUCCCACCCCCUUUGUAAUUGCUUCAUGCCAUGGUGAGACAUAUAUCAGAAUAACAAGGUGUUGUUCUUGCGCUUGAA